AAAUACUUUUCAAUUUGAAAAAAAAGUUUAAUUUUGUUGUGGAGUGAAAAUACUUGAAACAAAGAGACAUUUGAGGAAAAAUAUAACAAACCAUGGAUACACUGUACGUGAGCAAUCGGAUCUUCCUGAACUCGGACCAACAUCGGGAACUGUUUGCCGGUGGAAUUUUGGUUUCCGGAAUCGAUGGAAAAGUUUCGAAGAUUUUCGACACACCGAAGGAAGUUCAGGAUUACUUGAUCGAGAAUGAGGUCGAUAUGUACGACUUUGGCGAUCUGGUCGUGAUGCCGGGGCUGAUCGAUUCGCACGUGCACAUCAACGAACCGGGACGGACCGAGUGGGAGGGUUUCUACACGGCUACGAAGGCGGCGGCCGCCGGAGGGUUCACCACGAUCUGCGACAUGCCGCUGAACUCGAUUCCGCCGACGACGACGAUGGCCAAUCUGAGAACGAAGGUGAACGCGGCCCGCGGGAAGAUCUUUGUCGACGUGGCGUUCUGGGGCGGGGUCGUUCCGGGCAAUGCGGACGAGCUGCGCGAGAUGAUCUACGCCGGGGUUGUGGGGUUCAAGUGCUUUUUGUGUCCCAGCGGGGUGGACGAGUUUGGGCACGUCAGCGAGAGCGAUCUGCACGUGGCGCUGCGGAAGAUGGAGGGAACGGGGUCGGUGUUGGCGUUCCACGCCGAGGUCGAAUGCAAAGGUCACCAGGACCACGCCCCGGACGUAAACCCCAAAAAGUACCAAACCUUCCUCCAAUCCCGACCGGACCAGAUGGAAGCCGAAGCGAUCGACCUGGUCGCCAAACUCUCCCAGCAGUACGACGUCCCCUGUCACAUCGUGCACCUGUCCGCGGCCCGCGCUCUGCCCUCAAUCCGGACGGCCCGCGCCAACGGAGCACGGCUCACGGUAGAAACCUGCCACCAUUAUCUCUCAAUCGCCGCCGAGGACAUCCCCGAUGCGCACACCGAGUACAAGUGCUGCCCCCCGAUCCGGGCCCGCUCCAACCAAGACCUGCUAUGGCAAGCCGUCUGCGACGGCGACAUCAACAUGGUCGUGUCGGACCACUCGCCGAGCACCCCCGGCAUGAAGCUGCUCACGUCCGGCAGCAAGAACCGCGGAGACUUCCUCAAAGCUUGGGGUGGCAUCUCGUCCGUCCAGUUCGGCCUCCCGCUCUUCUGGACCAACUGUCAGCGGUACGGGCUGCAAAUCCCGGACCUCGUGCGGCUUCUCUGCACGGAACCGGCCAAGAUGUGCGGACUGGAUUCGGUCAAGGGUCGGCUGGAGGUCGGUUACGACGGGGACAUUUGCGUGUGGGAUCCGGAGGACACCUUCACCGUGACGAGGGACAUUAUCGAGUUUCAGAACAAGGCCAAUCCGUACAUGGAUCGGAAGCUGCGGGGAGUGGUGCACGCGAGCUUCAUCCGCGGGUAUCCGGUGUACAGGUUGACGGAGAAGUUUGGGGCGCCGACGGGGAAUAUCUUGCUGAAGAAGGUCAGUCGGCGUGGGUCGAAGGCGAUUAAGUUUAAUUAAUUAAUUAGUUUCAAAUAAGCACUUUAGAAUAAGUUUAAUGUAAAAAAUUGCAUAUAUUAUGCAGAGUAUUGAUCAGUUAAAGAAAAAUAAAUGCGUAUAUUCUGUUUCAAA